CCGAUGGACUACUCCUACCUCAAUUCGUACGACUCGUGCGUGGCGGCCAUGGAGGCGUCCGCCUACGGCGACUUCGGCGCCUGCAGCCAGCCUGGUGGCUUCCAAUACAGUCCCCUGCGGCCUGCCUUCCCCGCCGCGGGGCCACCUUGCCCCGCGCUCGGCUCCUCCAACUGUGCGCUUGGCGCCCUACGCGACCACCAGCCCGCGCCCUACUCGGCAGUGCCCUACAAGUUCUUCCCGGAGCCGUCGGGCCUGCAUGAGAAACGCAAGCAGCGGCGUAUCCGCACAACGUUCACGAGUGCGCAGCUCAAGGAGUUGGAGCGCGUCUUCGCCGAGACCCACUACCCCGAUAUUUACACACGCGAGGAACUGGCGCUCAAGAUCGACCUCACUGAGGCUCGCGUGCAGGUCUGGUUCCAGAACCGCCGGGCCAAGUUCCGCAAACAGGAGCGCGCGGCCAGCGCCAAAGGCGCGGCGGGAGCGACGGGAGCCAAAAAGGGCGAGGCGCGCUGCUCGUCCGAGGACGACGACUCCAAGGAGUCCACGUGCAGCCCCACGCCCGACAGCACCGCGUCGCUGCCGCCGCCGCCCGCACCCAGCCUGGCCAGCCCGCGCCUGAGUCCCAGUCCUCUGCCCGCCGCGCUGGGCUCCGGGCCCGGGCCCCAGCCACUCAAGGGCGCAUUGUGGGCGGGGGUGGCGGGCGGCGGGGGCGGCGGGCCCGGCGCGGGAGCAGCGGAGCUGCUUAAGGCUUGGCAGCCCGCGGAGCCGGGUCCCGGGCCCUUCUCCGGAGUUCUGUCUUCUUUUCACCGGAAGCCCGGCCCCGCUCUGAAGACAAACCUCUUCUAGCCGCGGGCGUCUGGAGGCACCCAGCCUGCCCCAAGAGACACCCCUACCCUACUGGACCCGACAGUCCCUCCCUAUCCCGGCCGCCUGCCUGGAAGCUCCCCGUCGUCCCCACUACCCAGCGUCUGAUCCCUAGAUGUGGCCUCCCCUUCGUUGUAAAACAAGCCAGGGCCACUCUCGUCCUCACCCACCCGCACCCAGCGGAGGAGUACUCACACCCGGAUCCCGUCCAGGGCGGCCAGAAGCCCUUUCUAGCUUGGCUUUCUUAGGAACCGGGAUCAAAUUACACCUGUCCCUAACACAGUGCCCAAUCUUAAAGCGUCCUAGGAGGCCGAAUUGACAGCUCCUACUUCAGCUAGUCGGGCCAGCCACUCCUUAAAAUCAGAAACCUGAAGGGACCCACUGCCAAUUUCCUAACGAGUCACCUCUCAUCCCUAGCCAGUCCGGUGCAGAGGGAAGACACACACUAGAGGGGAAAAGCUGUCGGGGAAUGGAACAAAGUAGCUUUCCUUUUCCCUUUUUUUUUCUUUCAAAAAACUUGUAAUUUAUUAAGGUGAUUUUGCUCAAUCCAAAUAAAACUUAAUUUAUUGAAGA